CGCACGCGCAGUGGCUUCCGGCAGAGAGUAUGGCCGGGCCCGCGGCGCCGGGCUCCAUCAUGGCGGAGGACUACUUCGGGAACGCGGCGGAGUGGGGCGAGGAGGCGGACGGCGGCCAGCAACAGGAGGAGGACUCUGGAGAAGGGGAAGAUGACGCCGAGGUCCAGCAGGAAUGCCUGCACAAGUUUUCCACCCGGGACUAUAUCAUGGAGCCCUCCAUCUUCAACACUCUGAAGAGGUAUUUUCAGGCAGGUGGGUCUCCAGAAAAUGUUAUCCAGCUCUUAUCCGAGAAUUACACCGCUGUGGCCCAGACUGUGAACCUGCUGGCUGAGUGGCUCAUUCAGACAGGUGUGGAGCCAGUGCAGGUGCAGGAGACUGUGGAGAAUCACCUGAAGAGUUUAUUGAUUAAGCACUUUGACCCCCGCAAAGCAGAUUCAAUUUUCACUGAAGAAGGAGAGACUCCAGCUUGGCUUGAGCAGAUGAUCGCACACACCACAUGGCGAGAUCUGUUCUACAAACUGGCCGAAGCCCAUCCAGACUGUCUGAUGCUCAACUUUACUGUGAAGCUGAUUUCUGAUGCGGGCUACCAAGGGGAGAUCACCAGCGUGUCCACAGCGUGCCAACAGUUAGAAGUGUUCUCCAGAGUGCUUCGCACCUCACUGGCCACAAUUUUGGAUGGAGGAGAGGAAAACCUGGAGAAGAACCUUCCUGAGUUUGCAAAGAUGGUUUGCCAUGGGGAGCACACCUACCUGUUUGCACAAGCCAUGAUGUCGGUGCUGGCCCAGGAGGAGCAGGGCGGCUCUGCCGUGCGCAGAGUCGCUCAGGAGGUGCAGCGCUUCGCCCAGGAGAAAGGCCACGAUGCCAGUCAGAUCACACUGGCUUUGGGCACAGCCGCCUCCUACCCCCGGGCCUGCCAGGCCCUUGGGGCCAUGCUCUCCAGAGGAGCCCUGAACCCUGCGGACAUCACCGUCCUCUUCAAGAUGUUCACCAGCAUGGACCCUCCUCCUGUGGAACUCAUCCGGGUGCCGGCCUUCCUCGACCUGUUCAUGCAGUCGCUUUUCAAGCCAGGGGCCAGGAUCAACCAGGACCACAAGCACAAAUACAUCCACAUCUUGGCUUAUGCUGCGAGUGUGGUUGAGACCUGGAAGAAGAACAAGCGGGUGAGCAUCGGUAAGGACGAGCUGAAGUCAACGUCGAAGGCUGUGGAAACGGUUCACAAUCUGUGUUGCAACGAGAACAAAGGGGCCUCUGAGCUUGUGGCUGAGCUGAGCACACUUUAUCAGUGCAUUAGAUUUCCAGUGGUGGCAAUGGGUGUGCUGAAAUGGGUGGAUUGGACUGUGUCCGAACCAAGGUACUUCCAACUGCAGACUGAUCACACACCAGUACACCUGGCCUUGCUGGACGAGAUCAGCACCUGCCACCAGCUCCUGCACCCCCAGGUCCUGCAGCUGCUGGUGAAGCUUUUUGAGACUGAGCACUCCCAGUUGGAUGUGAUGGAACAGCUCGAGCUCAAGAAGACCCUGCUAGACAGGAUGGUCCACCUGCUGAGCCGAGGUUACGUACUUCCUGUGGUCAGUUACAUCCGGAAGUGUCUGGAGAAGCUGGACACUGACAUUUCACUCAUUCGCUAUUUUGUCACUGAGGUUCUGGAUGUCAUCGCCCCGCCGUACACGUCUGACUUCGUGCAGCUGUUCCUCCCCAUCCUGGAGAACGGCAGCAUCGCAGGCACCAUCAAGGCCGAAGGCGAGCACGACCCUGUGGCGGAGUUCGUCGCUCACUGCAAGUCUAACUUCAUCAUGGUGAACUGAGUGGGGCGAGCGUCCAGAGCAGCCAAGCUGAAGCAGGGCCUUGUGGUUCCCAUCUGAGGCCUUGAGAACCUUCUGGAAAGCUGCAGCUGGAAGAGGCUCCGCCAGCCUCUGGACAUGGGAUCUACUGGGCGGGCAGGCAGCUUGCUUUAAAAGGAAAUCAACAUCUGCUCCGUGCCUCACACAUUCCCCUCGGAGCCAGAGCUGAGCUUGCCCACCUCCCAGGAGGAGCCCAGUGGACCCUGGGGCGGGGGAAUCCCAAAGUUGAGACACUUCUGUGAACUACUUUCAAGAUAGGUGAGUUUUUCUCCCAAGAACCUGUUGGUUAGUUGAUGUUUACUGUAGUUGUUUAAAUUUGCCAAGAGAAAUAAAUAAAAUUUUUAAUAAGCCUU